UACACUUUCUUCACUUCAACGCCUGUUUAUUUCUGGGAAGCAGGGAGAAAUACCCGAACGAAAAAAGGACUUGGAGCAUUUCUCGUUUUGAGGGAGAGCAAACAAACAAGAAACAAGAAAAAUAACAUAUUUACGCAGAUUUUCCAGUGCAUUUUAUUUUAUCAGUGCUGUAUGAAAAUACCACUUAACUGAGACGCCUUGAAAAAGAAUAGAUAUCGUUCAACUGCACAGCAUCCCGCAAACUUGGAUUAUUUUGCCAGCAUCAGACAGUUAUUUAACACCAACGGGUGGAAUAUAUUAAACCGCGGCAAAUAAGGAAAUCUGGUAUAAGACUCGUAACCAACACAGUUACUGGCAAUACAGAAGAGUUUAUUCAGAGAGCUAUGUCUGCUAGUAACGCCAAUCAUUCUCGUGAGAGGAAAAGAGAAGACCGAUAUUAGGAACUCUUAUUUAUCUAUUAAAUCAAUUUUAUUUGUUUAUUAGAGAAAAGACAUCGGCAUGUUUGGUUUAAGCAAAACUCGAGGUUCUUCCCGGACUCAUAAUCACCAUUCCACAGUCAUGGGAGGCCUAGGAUUAAGACAUCAAUCUAGAAAUGGGGCAACUUCUUCAGACGGUUCAAAUGCCACCUCUAGGCUAUACUUUGCCUUUAUUCUCCUACUUCUCAUGCUCACGCCCAGAGUGGAUUCCUCCUGGUGGUACAUCGGGGCGCUAGGCGCCCGUGUCAUUUGUGACAAUAUCCCAGGUCUGGUCAACAAGCAGCGGCAGCUGUGUCAGCGGCAUCCUGACAUCAUGCAGUCCAUCGGCGAGGGCGCGAAGGAGUGGAUCCGCGAGUGUCAGCACCAGUUUCGCCACCACCGCUGGAACUGCAGCACCCUGGACCGGGACCACACCGUUUUUGGACGCGUUAUGCUGCGCAGCAGCCGAGAAGCCGCAUUCGUAUAUGCCAUAUCCUCGGCGGGUGUGGUCUACGCUAUCACCAGGGCCUGCAGCCAGGGGGAGCUCAAGACCUGCAACUGUGACCCCCACAAGAGGGGUCGGGCCAGCGACAGCAGGGGUGACUUUGACUGGGGAGGCUGUAGUGACAACAUCAAUUACGGCAUUAAAUUCGCGAAGGUUUUUGUGGAUGCUAAAGAGAAGACAGUGAGGGAUGCACGAGCACUGAUGAACCUCCACAACAACCGCUGUGGGAGGAUGGCUGUGAAGCGCUUUAUGAAUCUGGAGUGCAAAUGUCACGGUGUUAGUGGCUCGUGCACUCUAAGAACAUGUUGGCUGGCUAUGUCCGACUUCCGUAAGACUGGAGAUUACCUUCGCAAGAAGUAUAAUGGUGCCAUUGAGGUCACCAUGAACCAGGACGGUACGGGAUUCACAGUGGCCAACAAGGACUUCAGGAAGGCCACCAAGAAUGACCUGGUCUACUUUGAGAAUUCACCUGACUACUGCCUCAUGGACAAAGCAGCAGGUUCCCUCGGCACAGCAGGGCGUGUCUGCAACAAGUCAUCUCGAGGUACAGAUGGCUGUGAGGUCAUGUGCUGUGGGCGGGGCUAUGACACCACCCGCAUCAAACGCAUCACCAAAUGCGAGUGCAAGUUCAAGUGGUGCUGCGCUGUAGAAUGCAGGGACUGCGAAGAGGCAGUGGACGUCCACACGUGCAAAGCGCCCAAGCGCGCUGAAUGGGCAGACCAAACCUGAGGACCUACAAAUUUCUAGUGGGCCGUUGAAUUCUGGGAUAUAGAGUCUACCCUCAUAAUCCCUGAUCCAACCACUCUCCACACUUCCUGUUGCAUGGUUUUCAUUUAACUACAGUAUCCCUGCAAAAGCACUAAACUACAUUUUCUAUGAGGUCCUUGCACAACACACUCAUUAAAUGUCCCGUUUUUUUUGUAUUUUGAAUGGGACUGUACAAAUGAGGGCUGCAAUUUCCUUAAAACUGUGAAUAUUUUUUUUUUAUCCGUUGAUGGUAAUAAGUGGCAGUUGGAGUAUUUCGUUCAUUUGACUGUUGUUGGGCAAAAACAACGCACUGCUGUCAGGAUGCUUUUAAGGACAGUUUUCCCAAAAAACUCAUUUUGAGCUUUUGCAGUAAUAAUAUGGCAAUUCUGUGUAAUUACAGUAUUUACAAAUGUUUUUAAUCUACUGGUUUGUGUAUCAUAGAGUAAAUAUGUGCCAUCCCUGCUCAGUAUCUUCUUAUGACAAUGGAAUGUCACACAUUCAAUUGUCUGUGGCAACAGCACUCUGUGCAUAAGAUUGUGGAGGCAGGAAUCGGCACUAUUAUUGAACAUGAAGACGCACCUCGGAGUUGAAUGGAUUCAACAUUGGACAUUGCUCUGUUUACAAUUACUGCUUUUUCCCUAAGUCUGAAUAUGGACAAGAAAGUACAUUAUUUAAAACAGAGAAAUCUAUGUUGUGUCCCUUGUCUGAAAAUGAACAUGCACUAAGGACAUUAGCUAAUAAAGUGAGCAAAAUUGUCACAUUCAGACAUAUUUGUUGACUGAUUCCAAGAAAAGACAUCUGAGAUGGACUGAUAUCAGGACAGACGGCGCAGAUCCAACUAAACAGCGAUCUUCCCUUUUUUUUGAGGAAUGUCCUUGACUGUGAUUCUGAAACUCGAAAGUACAGCGAUGUAUUUUUCUUCCCUCUCCUCCAGCUUGCUUGUAUAUCCUGUGUAUACUGUCUCAAUAUUUCUAAACAGAAGUUCAUAUAAAUAUAUUGCAUUGGUAAA